AUGGGGGAUGCGGGCGGUCCGCGCUGCACUGCGGGGAAACGGGGCCAGCCCUCCCCGGGAGCGCCCGGGGACAGCGGGCACCGGCUCCCCCUGCCCGGGGCUCGCUGCGUCCCCGGGGUCCUGGAGGGGUUUUUCGCCCGGGGAGCUCUGGGGUGUUUUUCUCUGUGGGGUGUUUUUCUCUCUGGGGGUUUUUCUCUCUGGGGGUGUCUCUUUCUCUGGGGGUUUUUCUCUCUCUGGGGGUUUUUCUCUCUCUGGGGGGUUUCUUCUCUCUGGGGGUUUUUCUCUCUCUGGGGGGUUUCUCUCUCUCUGGGGGUUUCUCUCUCUCUGGGGAGCUCUGGGUUUCUCUCUCUCUGGGGGUUUCUCCCUCUCUGGGGUUUCUCCCUCUCUGGGGUUUCUCCCUCUCUGGGGUUUCUCUCUCUCUGGGGGUUUCUCUCUCUCUGGGGGUUUUUCUCUCUCUGGGGGUUUUUCUCUCUCUGGGGGUAUUUCUCUCUCCGGGGGUUUCUCUCUCUCUGGGGGUUUCUCUCUCUCUGGGGGUUUCUCUCUCUCUGGGGGUUUCUCUCUCUCUGGGGGUGUUUCUCUCUCUGGGGUGUUUCUCUCUCUUUGGGGUUUCUCUCUCUUUGGGGUUUCUCUCUCUUUGGGGUUUCUCUCUCUCUGGGGGUUUCUCUCUCUCUGGGGGUUUCUCUCUCUGGGGGUUUCUCUCUCUGGGGGUUUCUCUCUCUCUGGGGGUUUCUCUCUCUUUGGGGUUUCUCUCUCUCUGGGGGUUUUUCUCUCUCUGGGGGUUUUUCUCUCUCUGGGGGUUUCUCUCUCUGGGGGUUUCUCUCUCUCUGGGGGUUUCUCUCUCUUUGGGUUCUCUCUCUCUGGGGGUUUCUCUCUCUGGGGGUUUCUCUCUCUCUGGGGGUGCUCAACCCCUUCUACCUGUUCCAAGUGCUCAGCAUGGUGCUGUGGGUGUGUGAUGCCUAUUACUACUACGCCGCCUGCAUCUUCCUCAUCUCCACCUUCUCGCUGGGGCUGUCCCUCUACGAGACGCGCAAGCAAAGCACCACGCUGCGGAACAUGGCCAGGAUGUCCGUGGAGGUCCGGGUGCGGCGGCCUGGAGGAGAGGAGCUGGUGGUCAGCUCGGCAGAGCUGGUGCCCGGGGACUGCAUCCGGCUGCCGGCGGCCGGGGCGGUGCUGCCGUGCGACGCGGCGCUGCUGAGCGGGGAGUGCAUGGUCAACGAGAGCCUGCUGACCGGGGAGAGCGUGCCGGUGAUGAAGACGCCGCUGCCGGCGGGCGGAGCCGCGUACUGCCCCGAGGAGCACCGGCGGCACACGCUGUUCUGCGGCACACAGAUCAUCCAGGCCAAGGCCUACGUGGGCGGGGAGGUGCUGGCCGUGGUCACCCGCACAGGGUUCUGCACGGCCAAGGGAGACCUCAUCAGCUCCAUCCUCUACCCCAAACCCGUGAGCUUCAAGUUCUACAAGGACGCUGUGAAGUUUGUGCUGUUCCUCGCCAUCCUGGCUCUCAUCGGCACCUUGUACAGCAUCCUCAUCCUCGUUAGGAACAAGGUCCCAGUGGGACAAAUCAUCAUCCGCGCCCUGGACCUGGUCACCGUCAUCGUGCCGCCAGCGCUGCCGGCCGCCAUGACCGUGGGCACCAUCUACGCCCAGAACCGGCUGAAAAAGCAGGGAAUCUUCUGCAUCAGCCCCCCCCGGAUCAACCUGUGCGGGAAGAUCCGCCUGGUGUGCUUCGACAAGACGGGGACGCUGACCCAGGAGGGGCUGGACGUGUGGGGCGUGGUGCCCCUGGAGCAGCAGCGCUUCCUGCCCAUCGUGCACGAGCCCCGCUGCCUGCCCGCCGGCGCCCUGCUCUACGCCCUGGCCACCUGCCAUGCCGUGUCACCGCUGCGGGGACAGCUCGUCGGGGACCCCGUGGACAUCAAAAUGCUGGAAUCCACCGGCUGGCGCCUGGAGAUGAUGGAGGAGGAGGAGGAGGAGGAGGAAGGCGAGCUGCCGGCGUUCCAGCAGUUUGAGAUGAAGGUCUUGGCCGUGGUGAAACCUCCACCAGAGGAGGAGCAACCUCGGGACAGGAGGCACCAGGCCCCGCUGGGGAUCCUGCGGCGUUUCCCGUUCUCCUCCUCUCUCCAGAGGAUGAGCGUCCUGGUCAAGCUGCCCGGGGAGGCCUCGGCCCACGCCUACGUCAAGGGCGCCCCUGAGAUGGUGGCCAGUCUGUGCAGGAAGGAAACUGUGCCCCCGGAUUUCUCCCAGAUGCUCCGGCACUACACCACCGACGGGUUCCGGGUCCUGGCUCUGGCCUGCAAAGCCCUGGGCACGGUGGCCACCUUUGAGGACGCCCUGCAGCUCCCCAGGGACUCUGUGGAGAGCGGCCUGAACUUCCUGGGGUUCCUGGUCAUGAAAAACGUCCUGAAGCCAGAGUCUGCCCCGGUGAUCCAGCUGCUGAGGAGCGCCAACAUCCGCCCCGUCAUGGUGACAGGGGACAACAUGCUGACAGCCAUGAACGUGGCGCGGGGGUGCCGCAUGGUGGAGCCCAGGGAGGGCGUGAUCUUCGUCACGGCCUCGCCGCCCGGCCACGACAAACCCGCCGCCCUCAAGUUCGUCCUGGCCGAGCAUUCCCAAGGAGAGGAGCAGCCCGAGGGCCUGCAGCAGCGGGACAGCUCCUCCCUCCCACCCCGGCACUGCCACUUCGCCCUCAACGGGAAAUCCUUCCAGGUGGUCUGCGAGCACUUCUCCGAGCUGCUGCCCAGGAUCCUGCUCCGGGCCACCGUGUUUGCCCGCAUGCUGCCCGAGCAGAAGACGCAGCUGGUGUGCAGCCUGCAGGAGCUCAAUUACUGCGUGGGGAUGUGCGGGGACGGUGCCAACGACUGCGGGGCGCUGCGGGCGGCCGACGUGGGCAUCUCCCUGUCCGAGGCCGAGGCGUCCGUGGCCUCGCCCUUCACCUCCCGCGUGGCCACCAUCGAGUGCGUGCCCAGGGUCAUCCGGGAGGGCCGGUGCUCCUUGGUCACCUCCUUUGGGGUCUUCAAGUACAUGGCCCUGUACAGCCUGGUGCAGUUUGUGUCCGUGCUCCUGCUCUACACUAUCAACACCAACCUGAGUGAUUUCCAGUUCCUGUUCUUCGACCUGGUGAUCACCACCACGGUGGCAGUGCUGAUGGGGCGCACGGGGCCGGCGCCGGCGCUGGGCGUGCGGCGGCCGCAGGGAGCCCUGAUCAGCGCGCUGGUGCUGGGCAGCCUCCUGCUGCAGACAGCCCUGCUCAUCACCGUGCAGGUCCUCAGCUACUUCAUCACCGUCUCACAGAGCUGGUACGUCCCCCUGAACAGCACGGUGACAGCGCCCCAGAACCUGCCCAACUACGAGAACACCGUCCUGUUCUGUGUCACCGGCUUCCAGUACCUCAUCCUGGCCGUGGCCAUGUCCAAGGGCUACCCCUUCCGGGAGCCACUCUACACCAACGUGCUCUUCCUCCUUGUCCUCAUCCUGCUCUUCGGCCUGAUGAUCUGGCUGACCCUGUACCCGCUGGGCUUCCCCAAAUCCCUGCUGAAGCUCCAGCCCAUCGAGGAUUUCAAUUUCAAGCUGCUCCUCCUGGGCAUCGCCGCCCUCAACUUCUUCGCUGCCUUCGUGCUGGAGACUGCCCUGGAUCACGGCUUGCUCGGCUGCUUCCGAAGGCUGCGCCGGAAAAAAGCCUCCAAGAAGCUUUUCAAGAGGCUGGAGAAGGAGCUGAGCCAGCAGCAGCCGGCCUGGCCACCCCUGGACCAGCCCCUGUUUGCCACACCCAGGAUGUCCCUGGCCAUGAGAUAGCAGUGCCAGCUGUGCCUCUGCCCCAGCCCUUGGACACUUCCUUAAUUUAUUGAUCCCGGAAAAAGCAGGGAUGCGGCAGGCGGGAUCCCUCAGCAUCGCGGAUGGGAAUCCCAUGGGCACAGUGAUCCCAUGGGCACGGUGAUCCCAUGGGCACGGUGAUCCCAUGGGCACGGU